AUGAUCACGUGGCUGUUACCGGAGUUGCCAGAAGAGGUUCUCCAGAUUAUCCUCGACAACUUGGACCAGCGGCACUUGGCCAACCUAGCCCAGGUCAGUCGCUUCCUCAGGAAGAAGGCCUGCGAGCGGUUGUACAAGAAGAUUAUCGUAAUCAAUGACGAUAUAGAGGGCAAUUUCCUCGACCAGUGCAGAAGCUCCUACUUGAGAGUUUCCAGGCUCAACUUGCUUGUGGACAGGCUCAGUCCCGAAAACUUCGCACGCAUGACGAAGAUCAUCAUCCACUCCCAAUCCAACUUGAUCAGCUACGACUACUUUCCAUUGUAUGAGCGUCUCCUUCGCCUCUGGGACCUCGUUCCUCACCAUAGCAUCACUUUCAUGAACUUUGACAUCAACAACAUUCGGAACUCCAGGACAAUCAACCAGUAUGUCUCCAAUAGAUCCACGCUUUUCAUCGAAGACGAACUCAUGAAUUUGCACAAUAACAGCAAGGUCAGCAAUUUAAGGAAUUGGAUGGUAUUUGAUUUCAGAGAAUUGUUUGAGUUACCAUACAACUUGAACUUACAAGACUUGGAUAUCUUUAUUGAGCAGUCAAUGGGCCCAGCUGCAUAUCCAGAUCAUGCUCCUGAUGCGUUUUUACACAACUUGUCUACUCUCAGUGGGUUAUACUUGGACUCGCCAACUUCGACAUCUCAGUUCCUUCAAUAUUUCAAAGGAUCGACAGCCCCCAUCAUGCAUAACCUAGAGAAGUUAUCCCUCACUUCAGCCCAUUCUUACAAGGAUAACUCGCGUUUAUCGUUUUCCGACUUGAGCAAAGUGAUUGAUUUCAGAACGCUCAAGAAGUUUGAGCUUAAAAUUAAUUGUAUUCACAAUGACUGUGAUUGCAUCAAUACAUUCUUCAGUGAGUUGCCUUGCAAUAACCUCCAGAAGUUCAUUUUAAUAAACUACAAGUCCAACAACUUGAAGCAAAACUUAAACCAGUUUGAUCGCUUAUUGAAUAACCCCGACUUUUUUAGAGCAGUCUCGACAGUGGAAUCACUUUACUUGAAUGUGAACGAUUUUAUCAAGUUGGAUGCUAACCACUCUCCCAAAUUUUCAAUAAGAAAGUUGAUGCUGAGAAUUUCAGGUUUAACUAGGUUACGUGAAUUAGUUAUCCCUGAUUUUUUUAACAAUUGGCUGGUAAGUUUGCCUUCAAUUUUCGAGCAUCCAAGAACAACGGAGGCAGGCUACGAGCCAGAAAACUGCUUUGACUUGCUCCUCAAUAAAUGCUCAUGUGUUGAAUGUAAUUCAACUAGAGCUAGGUUUAACAAACUUGCCAGCUUUGACUCCAGGAACAAUUACAAACAUGAUUUCAAGAGGUCUUUGCCCUCAUCUAGUGGAUUAGCUGAUGCCUACAAUAAUACUGAACAUCUUAUUGAGUUCACCACUUCAAAUGUGAAUUUCUUGAAUUACCUUGUUGCCAACUUGAAGCGCCAGUUUAUCUACAUCAACGAAAACCUUUUCUCGAUUAAUUCAGUCAUCAACUCUAACGAGAAGCCUUUUAUUGUGAACCCCGAAUUGAUUCCUUACAACAAAUUGUUCAUGCAUAGCUGCUUGAAUCAUUUUGUUGGCCGCAUCAAAUACGAUAAGCUGGAUUUAAAGCUCAUAAAUUUGGGCGGCAUCGUCAUUGAAUUCACGAAGCAAAAUUGCAUAAAAGCACCCUAUAAUGUUUGA